CAACAGCCUCCCCCGUUCACACGUAUUCACAGGUAUUUCUGCUACUAGAAACAGAGAUGGAUGCUGAAGCCACCAGAACGAUUGAGGUUGCAACGCUCGGCCGGCCCUUCAGCCUUGGAAUGCUGUAUGACUGCCGCCAGGAUUUACUCAUACCUGGACUGACACUGUGGGACUGUGAUGACCUGGAAAAAAAUAAAAGAGAACAAGAACAACCUAACAGUGACUUUGAGAUUGUUUCAUCUGAAUCAAUUGAGGAUAAAUCUUCAGCACUAAAUGUUGAGGCAUCCCUGAAGGCAAGUUUCUUGGGUGGACUGGUUGAGGUUGGAGGAUCAGCCAAAUACCUGAGAGAUCAGAAGACAUCCAACUAUCAGGCCAGAGUGACACUGAAAUACAAAACUACCACAAAGUUCCAGGAACUGUCAAUGAAUCACCUCGGAAGAGGUAAUGUGAAGCAUCCCUAUGUUUUUGAGCAAGGAAUAGCAACACAUGUAGUCACAGGUAUCCUUUAUGGGGCACAAGCUUUCUUUGUAUUUGACCGUGAGGUUUCUAAAGAAGAAAAAUGUCAAGAAAUCCAGGGCAGCCUGAAGGUGAUGAUCAAGAAAAUCCCCUUGCUUUCCAUAGAGGGUGAAGGUUCUGUGAAAAUGGAAGAUAAAGAUAAAGCAAAUGUUGAUAAAUUCUCCUGCACGUUUUAUGGAGACUUUAACAUUCAGAAACCUCCAACAACCUUCCAGGAAGCUGUAGCAGUCUAUCAAAGUCUUCCAACAUUACUGGGAGCCAAUGGAGAAAAAGCCGUACCAGUGAAGGUCUGGCUGUUACCGCUGACCAGUUUAGAUUCUUCUGCUGCUAAACUCGUCCGACAGAUCAGUAUAAGAUUAGUUCAAGAAUCACAGAGUGUCCUGGAAGAAUUCAGUGAGCUGGAAAUGAGAUGGAACGAUGCACUGAGAACUUCCACUGCACAGCAGUUCCCACAGAUCAGCAAAAAACUGAAAAGUUUUAAAGAAAUGUGUUCUGAGUUCAAGCUGGAAUUUCAGCGAACUCUAGCAAAGAAACUUCCAUCAAUCCGAGGAGGAGGAGAAGAGGAGGCUCAACUCGCUGAGAUCCUGAAGAAGAGACAUUCUUCACCUUUCAGCAGCAAAAACUUGACUGAGUGGAUGGACUGUAGAGAGAGAGAAAUCUCCAUCUUAAAAUCUUUCACCAACAUGAUGAAGAACACCAAGAUUGCUCCAUCUCAAAGUGUUCUACAUGAAGAACUUCUCAGUGCAGAGCACGCCCUGUGUUUUGUUUUCACCUCAUUGGGAAAGGAUGAACCGUACCUCUCAGCUUUUUCAAACUACUUAAAAGAAAAAACAGACCUUCAAGAUCAUCAUACUUAUGAUGUAGAGAAGGAACAAUGGUAUCUUUCAAAGGAAGUAGCAGAUGAUAUGAGGAAGAAAGCCAAACUCUUCAAUGAUUUUUCAGAGGCCAACAAGGAGAACAAGAACGUUAAGUUCCUGACAGUCGGAUUAACUAAUGAGACACAGGAAGGUUCCAGCAUCUACCUUUAUAAAGACGGAUUUGCUGUCAGUGAGAACUUUGAACCUCCUUCAAAGCCUGAAACUGUAACAGCGGCUGAUAUAAACCACAACAGUGUGACACUGAAGAUUUCUCCACCCACAUUUGGAGCAGAGAACAUCACCUCCUACUCUCUUGAGUACUGUGUCAGUGGAGAGGAUGGAUGGCAGCAACAGACAAAACCAAACUCUGAAGAAGUCACAGUGACAGAUCUGAAACCAAACACAGAGUAUGUGUUCAGAUGCAGAGCAGUGACCUCAGCAGGUGUUGGACCAGCUAAUGUAAUCAGUGAUGCCAUUAAAACUUUACCGUGCAGCCCUCCUGGAAAACCUCAGGCUGAACCAAUCUCGAGUGAGAUAUCAGUGAGUUGGGAGAAGCCUGCUGAGCUUGGGCAGGAUGUCCAGAUAUUCAGCUACAUCGUGCAGUAUGCAAAAACAAAUGGAAGUUCAAAAGUAAAUGACCUUAAAUGGAACCAAACAAUUUCAGGAGGAGAGAAGGCCGUCAUUUCAGGGCUUCAGUCAGAGACACAAUAUGCAGUCAAGGUCAUAUGUGACUGUGGUGUAGAUGGAAGAAGCAAGGAAAGCAUCACUGUUAACAUCUGCACAACAAAGCGUGAGUUUGAACGUCUUGCUGAAUACUUGAAACAUAUCAGCAAGAAGACAAACUCAAAGCUGCCCUCAGUUUACAAGCUCCCUUUGGAAGAAGAAGAUAUGGACAUCGAUGGCUGUCGAAGGUACAUGUUUGGCAAAGAAAGCAUGAGGCAGAAUCGUACAAUAAUGCUUCUUGGAGCAACCGGAUCAGGAAAGUCCACUCUUAUCAAUGGAAUGAUCAACUACAUUGUUGGUGUUGAGUGGAACGACAGUUUCAGAUUUAAGUUAGUUGAUGAGGAUCAGUCAAGUUCACAAGCUCACAGUCAGACAUCUGAGGUCACUGUGUAUGAAGUCAACCACCAGGAGGGCUUUAAAAUCCCCUUCUCCAUCACCAUUGUGGACACUCCAGGGUUUGGGGAUACGAGAGGAGUAGCAAGAGACAAGGAGAUCACCGAGCAAAUCCGCAGGCUUUUCUCCUCUCCUAAUGCAGUCAGUGAGAUCGAUGCAGUGUGUUUUGUUACUCAGGCCUCUCUUGCACGACUAACAGCAACACAGAAAUAUGUGUUUGACUCGGUGCUCUCCAUUUUUGGCAAAGAUGUGGCAGAUAACAUUGAAAUGCUCGUGACUUUUGCUGAUGGUCAGGAACCACCGGUUCUUGAGGCAAUAAACGUCUCUGGGGUCCCAUGUCCCAAAAAUGAUUUAGGCCUUCCAGUUCACUUCAAGUUCAACAACUCAGCAUUGUUUGCAGACAACAGAUGCAACAAAGACGAUGGUGAGGAUUUAGAUGAGGACGAUUCCAGCUUUGAUGAAAUGUUUUGGAAGAUGGGGGCCAAGAGUAUGGAGAAGUUCUUCACUGCUUUGGGAAAAAUGGAAACCAAAAGCUUGCUGAUGACCAAAGAAGUGCUAAAGGAGCGAAAGCAGCUUGAAACAGCCAUCGAAGGGUUGCAGCCACAAGUUAGAACUGGAUUAGCAAAACUUGAACAGAUCAAGACGACCAAAGAAAAGAUCAAAGAGUGCGAAGCAGUCAUAACUUCAAAUGAAAAGUUUGAGAUUGAGGUGGAUGUUAUUAAGCCAGUCCAAAAAAAGCUCACAGAGACAGAAGUAUUCAUCACCAACUGCCAGAUAUGCUCAGUAACAUGCCACUACCCAUGUGCUAUAGAACAAGAUAGUGAGAAACGUGAUUGUGCAUCAAUGGAUAUGAACGGGAUGUGCGUUGUCUGCCCUGGAAAAUGUAUUUGGAGUGUGCACUUCAACCAGACAUACAGUUGGGAGUAUGUUCAAGUAAAAGAGAAGCAGACGGUGCAAGAGCUGAAACGCAAGUAUGAAAACGCUAAUGAAGAAAAGAUGACUGUUCAGGACCUGAUUGAUAGGCAAGAGGACGAAAUCCUUCAACUUCAGGACACAAUGGUGACCCUCAUGGAUCAGACAGCUAAGUGCAUAACUCGUCUGCAAGAGAUCAGCCUGAGGCCCAACCCUCUGACCACCCCAGAGUACAUCGACAUGAUGAUUGAAGGAGAAAGAUCAGAGGCUAAACAGGGUUACCUGGCUCGAAUCAAAUCUUUGGAGGCAAUGAAGGAGAGGGCAAAACUUAUCUCCAAGGUAGCCCAACAAGACAAAUAUCGAAAAACUGAGGAGGAAUUAUCUGAGGAGCGAAAGGAGAGAAAAGAAAAAAAGGGCUUUGUAAAGAAAGUUCUACAUUUCUUUGGAUAUUCAGGCUAAUUAUUACAAGUCCUGUUGGUCUACAGAUAUCUCAGCAGCAUUGAGAAAUUAUUUCAGGAUGAAAAUGUUAUUAAAAUUAUAUAAUUAAAUAUUUUUCCAAUUCAAGCUAAAGUUAGCAGGAUGUCAACACUUAAGCUUUAGAUUAACAGUGAUUAAAAUUCUGUUUUCUUGUCUUAAGUCUUAACACACUUGCAUUGUAAUCAUCCAACCUUACAGUUUUUAUUGAUUGUUUUGACGCAGCUGUCAACUCAAAAUCCACAUUUUCAAAACAGUUAACGCAGAGGCCUAAACAGUGCCACAGUGGUCAAAAUGACACAUCUUCAUUGCAAAAGGCUCUAACUGUACCAAAACAUUUAAAAUAUGGAACAAAAGCAAAUUUCGCCAUCAAACAACUCAACUAUGACACAAGUGUAUGAGCACCUCCAAUCAAUCAUUACACAAUGGACAACAAAAUCCAAAAUACAGCACCCAUGUGUGAAUCAGUGCACUAUUGCUUGUCAUUGUAACCUAGGACUGUAUGUAGCUUACAUUCCAGUGCCGUUUGUAGUCAAAUUUGCCCUCUUGCAAAAAAUGCAUCCAGAAUUAGAUAUGCUUUGAUGCAAAUUUUAUUGAUUACAUUCUUUUUUUCAGACUGUGGCUGACAAAUGAAAUAUUCCAACAGAGAAUACAUGGAAAAUAAAAAAAACAGUCUUUUACAGUAAAGAACAAAAAUCUAUAGUAGGCCUAUACUAUAAGAGUAUAAGAGAUAGCCACAAGUGAUACACUUCUGUCUCUUCUAGUCUCUUCUUUCUUGAAGAAUGGGCCACAUGGCCUCAUCCACAUCACAGUCAAUAUUCUCUCGUGCAAUGCACCGAGGGAAAAAUCGUCUAGCAUGCCUGAUCCAUCGUUGACAUGCCUCUGCAUCUAUAUCUUGGGCAGCAGCAGUCAUUGCAUUGAGCAAGGACAUCUGUUCAUAGGGACGGUGAUCAUAUACCUUCCAUCUCAAUGCACUAAAGAAUUCCUCCAUGGGAUUUAAAAAUGGAGAAGGAAUUGUACCAUCAUCCAAGGGUGCACUGCAAACCACUCAUUCACAACACUUGAGUGGUGGAACGCCACAUUGUCCCAGAUAAUCACGAACAGUGGCAUGCCAGACCCCAACAGGCCUCUCUCCUGAGGCAGGAUCAGGAUGUCAUGAAGGGCAUUCAGGAAUGCUACGAGACGCUCUGUGUUGUAUGGGCCAAUGGUAGGGAUAUGGCACAGGACACCAUCAUUGGAGAUGGCAGCACACACAGUUAUGUUGGUGCCCCUCUGCCCCGAAACAGUAAUAGUGGCCCUAUGCCCAAUGAGGUUCCUUCCACGUCUCCUUACUUUACAAAGACUGAAACCGGCUUCAUCGACAUAAAGGAAGACAUGAUGUGCCCCCUCAGCUUCAAGCUCCAUUAUUCGCUAAAGAAUGAAAAGGCAAAAUUACAAUUACAUCAUUUUACAGUAACUGCAUGAUAUGACAAGGCAUAAGAGUAUAGUACUGUUGUGUUUCCUUACCUCCACAUAUUGGCAUCUGGCCUCCUUCACAGCUUCAGAGUUCCUCUGAAAUGGAACUCUAUAGAGCUGUUUCAUGGCCAUAUGGUUCCUUCUGAGGACGCGGUCAAUUGUGGCCUCGCUCACAGUAUGGAUGUUCCUAAAAUACUCCCUGAUCAGCAAUCACUGCUGCUCUGAUUUCACGCAGCCUAAUGUCAUUAUUUGCCAGAACCAUGUUAACAACGGCUGCCUCCUGCUCGGCAUUAAAAAUUCUCCCUCUGCCGCCACCGACUGGCAGCCUUUUGAUUCUAUAAAGAAUACAUGAAAUGUGGAAAAAAUUACAUCAAGUACUGUAUAUCACUGCAGACAUUUCCGUAUAUACUGUAUAGCAAUAUUACCUGUUCGCCUGUUGAAAAACUCUAACAAUGGAUGCAACAGUGUUUCUGUUUAGAACAGGUUGGACUCUUGGUCCAGCCUCUCUAAGUGAAAGGCCAUGAUUUACGACAUGAUCAAUCACAGUUGCCCGAAUUUCAUCUGUAACUUGAUCCCUUCCAGCUAUACCUCCACCUCGCACAUGGACUCCUCUUCCUCUGACCCCUCUACCUCUUACUCUCGCUCUACCUCUCAUCUGCCUUAGACCUCCUCAAUGAUCCAUGCUUGCAAAGAACAACACAGGCCUGCAGACUGAUUGCAAACUGAAAAAUUCUGUGAAGAAGUGUCAAACAGGUGCUUUCAGUGAUUUCAUACUGAUCAGGGAGUUUCUAAGAGCUCGGAAUAUAUGGUUUCUGUUCUGUAACCACAGCUAAAACAAUGGAGUUUGGACUUCUUGAAUGACAUCUGUGUUAACUAUUUGGCAAAAGGGUCGGAAAACUGUGUCAAUCCAAUAAGAAUGGGUUAACACAUUUGCAAGAGGUGUCUUUUGCUCUGCUGAGAUGGUGAUGAUGAAGACCGAGAGGUUCCCAGUUUCUUCAAACAGGUCAAAGCAAUCAAUAAAAACUGUAAUGUCAGAUCUAAAAUUUUUAAUGGUCUCUGUUGGCUGAAGCACUGGGUCUAGACAGAUGUUUAAACCUAAAUAACAUUUACUGUUCUUUUCAUUAAUAAAACCUUUAGUACUUAACAGUGAAUCUAUAAAAUAUUAUUAUUAAACACCUUUAAUUUGGGUGUGGGGGGGGGGGUCUUGUAAUUAGGAUGAUUUUCUGUUGAUUGUUUGGUUUUAUGUUUAUUUACUUUGAAAACUACAGCACUGAUUUUGUGUGAUUUAUGUUUUGCAGUGAUUUAGAAUAUUUUCUAUAAGUGUAUAAAAAAUCAGAUUGAAAUUAUAUCAUUAAUGUGUGAGCUCAAAUGUUAUGACUGAGAUAUGAUAAUAAAAGCUUGUGGGGAUUUGUGCUGCUUUA